GGGUUCCCGGACGCGCGCUUCGGUUGAAAAAACUCCGCGCGCCACUCAAGAGUAUACGCUACAAAACCUCGCCCCCGAGGACAACCGUCCCAGUGCCGACUCCGCGCGGGUCCCCGACGAUGAACCACUGUUGCCCACGGCCAGCGUCCCGCAUCCGUCGUCAGGGCUCGACCGGGGGCAACCACCAGCGCGAUUCUCUUGUACACUGCCAGGCAUCUGGGCGUGGAUGCAGGGCCCCCCGAAUCCGCAGAAGUAUCACAUCACCGCAUGGUUUCGCAGGGGACAAACCGCCCCUGGACGUCUGAUUGACCGGUAUUUCCGCACCACUAAGGCCAAGGCGGCGCUGCUGCUGGCCUGUCUGCUCCUCUGGAGCAUCGCUUUUCUCUCCAUCUUGCACCAGUCGGUUGCCGGUCAGGAGAUUCCCGGGUACGGACGCCCCGUCAAGCUCUCCUGCGAGGCGCGGCUCUGGUCCAAUGGCACAAACUGCGGUUUGGACGGCGACGCUUGCCGCCCCUUUGAUCAGGGCGCGUUCGCCUUCCGGUGUCCGGCCAGCUGCGCUGAGGCGAUGGUGCUGGAACCUUAUUUCAUCGGCCCGCAGGAGAUCAACUACAAGAGCCUCGUCAUCGGGGGUGCCCCCGAAGGUGGCAAUCCCGCUGACCACGGCGUCUACCGGGGGGACUCGGCCAUCUGUCCGGCCGCGGUGCACGCUGGCAUCGUGAGCAACGCGCGCGGUGGAUGCGGGGUCCUUCAGCGCACCGGCGAGCAUAGUGGCUUCCCCGCCGUUGACAAGAACGGCGUCCCGAGCACCGACUUCCCCUCUAACUUCCCGCUCUCGUUCACCUUCGACACAGAGAACGCCUCGGCGGAACGCUGCACUGACCUCCGCUGGCCGCUCUUCACUUUCACGCUGGUCGUAACAACCGUGCUCUCCCUCUUCAUCACCUCCCCGGCCGCGUUCUACUCGUCCAUAUACUUUAUCAUCUACUUCCAAGUCGCCCUGUCCUCCGACCCCCCCUACUCCCCAGACUACUAUGAAGUGGUCUCGAUCGCCCUUGGCCGUCUCCUCCCCUGCGCCUUCGUCGGCUUCGCCAUGUACUACUUCUGCGUGCGGUACACGCUCACAGACCUCGAGGCCCACUGGGACAAGACGGUCCUGUGGCUGGGGCCCUGCUGGGUCGGCGCCCUUAACACGGACACCUUCGACAAGAUCCCCAUCUCGCGGCUCACGCCCCACGAUAUCGAGCAGCAGCCGGGAGCCGUCCCCGCGCUCCUCAUAAUCAUUGGCGUUCUCGUCACCAUCGUUCUGACACAGGCGCUCGCCUUCCGCAACGAGGGCCGCAUGCCGCGCAUGCUCGCCCUCUACGGUCUGCUCGUCGGCGGCGUCCUCGCCCUCAUCGCCGUCCCCAACAUGAACCUCCGCAUCCACCACUACAUUCUCAGUUUGCUCUUCCUCCCCGGCACAACGAUGCAAACCCGGCCCUGUCUCCUCUACCAAGGCCUCCUCGUCGGCCUUUUCAUCAACGGCAUCGCCCGCUGGGGCUUCGACAGCAUCCUUCAGACCCCAGGGCACCUCCUCGAUGGCGGCCAGCUCGGCGGCAUCCAGCCGCACAUCACACCCCCGGUCAUACCAUCCGCCCACAACAUCUCGUUCUCCUUCCCCGACCUGGCCCCGGAGGCCGACGGAAUCAGCAUCCUCGUCAACGACGUCGAGCGCUUCCACCAACUCAAGGCCGAGGACGGUCACAUCGCGGACUUCAACUGGACGCGCCGCAGGGAUGGCGACCCCGAGUUUUUCCGCUUCGGCUACAUCCAGCUCAAUGCGCUGGGCGGCGUCUGGUAUCAGGAUUUCACUAAGCCUGUGACGUGGGAUAUUCAGGGCGGUUGGAACCGCUCUACUCCGGUAGUGGUUUAAAUGUUUUGUUGAUAGGCUGAGUAUCAACGUGUGUAUAUAUUGAUUAGACGGCGACUGGAUACGUCGCUCGUUGUAUAUUCAAG